AUGGGAAGCAGCUCCAGGAAUUCAAGAGCUUUAAGUUUCAGACACGCAGCUUUCCAUGUGGUGUUGAUGUUAUUGUUGUAUCUUGUUGCUUUGGCACAGCAUCCUUUCGAUAAGGUGCUCAAUCGAUCAAUCAUUAUUCCUCUUGCCUCAGGUUAUACAGUAUUUUGUAGUUUGACCAGCUCGUUAUUUAUCGCUUACACGGGGGAUAUUGUGCCGACUCUUUAUACAGUGAGUUUACAAUAUAUGGCCAUUGUUUUGGAAUUUGUUGGUUUUAUAUUCAAUAUUAUAUCAACGGUGAUUAUAUUCAAUACUUAUGGUCCACUAUAUUAUGCUGCCAAUUCACUGGGUAAACAUCCCGGGCCUAAGUGUAUGGUGGAUAUCAGGGCACAGGUGGAGAUCACUUGCCCCAUCAUUAUACUACUCGAAAUAAUAGCAUUAUUGGUUUUGAUUGGAUAUGUCAAAGAAACUGAAAUUUCAUUGAACAAGACGAAUCUUUCAAAAAUGUCCCAAGUUUUAGCAGAUUCUGGUUUGGAUGAACAUCGACAAUACUCAGUUUGA